ACGGCGGGCCCAGCGCCAGCUCUGCAGCACCAGACCAAGACCCAGACCCCAGGCCACCCACCGCCCUCACACCCCAGCUAAAAGCAGCCAAACGCAGCCAAACCAAACGCAGCCAAAAGGCCCGCCGCUGUAACGGUUGGCCGCCGCCGAACGAAGCCAGCAGCCCUCGCAACAUUCUGAUCGUCUCCGUGCCAGUGCCCUCCCACCCGCUCGUCACAUUACAGGACUCCCUUCGCAGAAGCCAAUCCUAACAAGGCUGAACCACAUUUUCACCACCCCCUAUUCACCCUAUUCUGGUCCUAGCCUCUCCUGCUGCUGCCCUUGUCCGCAUUUUUAUUUUUCCUCGACCUUCUUGCCAUUCCCAUCCCCUUUCUCCCGCGCCUGUUCCUCCCAAGCGCCAGGCGUUGAGAGAAGCAGACCAUAAACCGCAGGCCGUUGUUGGCUGUAAGCUCCGACAGGUUCACACUUGAGCACCGCUCCGUUGCGCACCUCUCCUUCCAGUUCCCUCCAUCACUGCGACUCCCCAAUCCACCCUCAACUCGCAAAGCCGAAACCCAAGACCCCAGUCCAUCCUCCUUCUCGCUCAAUCCCCCCGACAAUAGGGAGAAAAAAAUACCUACAACAAAACAACAACCCCUCGUAACCCAUCCGGAACCACCAGCAACGCGACCUGGGAGGAGCAAGCUCCAGCGGUUCUCUCCUGCUGCACUUCUGCACGCCUCUCCACCGUCGACCCGCGGCAUCCCCUCUUUGAUUGCUGUUCCUGCCUGCGUGACGCGGCGUUCUCUCGCAAGCCUGAACAAUGGUGGUCGCAACGAUUAAAUGCGUUGUCGUCGGCGACGGUGCCGUUGGCAAGACCUGUCUCCUCAUCAGCUACACCACCAACAAGUUCCCCUCGGAAUACGUCCCAACAGUCUUCGACAACUAUGCCGUCACCGUCAUGAUCGGUGACGAGCCAUACACUCUGGGCCUAUUCGAUACCGCCGGACAAGAAGAUUACGACCGACUGCGCCCGCUCUCGUACCCGCAAACCGACGUCUUCCUGGUCUGCUUCAGCGUGACCUCGCCCGCCUCGUUCGAGAACGUGAGGGAGAAGUGGUUCCCCGAGGUCCACCACCACUGCCCCGGCGUGCCCUGCCUCAUCGUCGGCACCCAGGUUGAUCUGAGGGACGACCCGAGCGUCAGGGAGAAGCUGAGCAAGCAGAAGAUGCAGCCCGUCCGGAGGGAGGACGGCGAGCGCAUGGCUAAAGAUCUCGGCGCCGUGAAGUACGUUGAGUGCAGUGCGCUGACUCAGUACAAGCUUAAGGACGUAUUUGACGAGGCCAUCGUUGCGGCGCUUGAGCCGCCAGCGCCCAAGAGGAAAUCCAAAAAGUGCCUCAUCCUGUAACCGGGCCAGCACCUCGACCGUUCGCCUCGCUCCAUAUUCGAGACUGGCUUUUCAGAGCCCUCUUGGGUUGGGUUCGUUAGAUGGGAGAUACCGCGGCGAGGUAGCCGCCGUUGUCAGUCGGAGAAUCGCCGUCUAGGGAUGCACCUCUCCUUGUCUCCUUGGAUAUCUAUCCCUUCACGUCGCAACUCGCGCCGUCAAUGCCGUGGGGACUCUUGUUCUCUUCUUACUCGGCUGAUCGGUUGGGAUUUGCGGCCAAUAUGGAGCACAACACCGCCGCUGUUGGAGGCAACCAUCUACCGAAUAGGUACUUUACAUACCCUGCGACAGCGGCAAACGGCAAGACCAGGAAGGACGGGAUGGUUAUCUGAACUUCCUGAACGUUAGAUGGUCGUCCAGGCUGUAAUGUUCCCUCGUCCUCGGACGGAAGGUUCCAGGGCCCGAUUAGCCUACCGGUGUCAAACGCGCGUCCACCUCCUUGCCGUUUUUUUCUUCUCUCUUUGUGUGUGUGUUUCCUGUGUCCGCCUCAACCCCCAGCAUCAAAGUACUAGCUGCAUGCAAGUCAGCCCGGCUUUUUCUCAUAUCUAUUUAUUCCCCCUUCUCUUCUCGUUUUCGAUUCUGCUCCAUUGCCCUUGGCCCUAGCCCGCUGAAUUUCCAUUGCAACUUUCUGUUUCUCCUCUAUUUCUUCUUGUUUGGGCGCGGAAUAUUGAUAAACCCGGGCAGGAAACUUUGAUAGGACAGUUCUGGCUAUUUUGGAGUGCAAUUGAACUUUCCAAGCUAGUACAUAACAUUUGGCAUUGCACAGCAUCCUUCAAAAGCCCCGCCCCUUAGCCCCCCAGCACACUCCACUCCUGCAUCAUGGCCGUGACGUUUGACGUUGCGGCUAAACAAGGCGAACCUGGACUAUCGGAUAUAUGUCCUCGAGAGGGAAGUAGACGCCGGUGAGGAGACGUCGAGGAGGCCUUGUCUUUGCCUCCUAAAAUUAAUGACGUUCGGUUUUUUUUUUUGGUUUUUUUUUGGUCUUGAACCCUGGCGACGGGGCCCAAACCUAAAACGCCUUGGUCAAAAGAACAAACGGCCUCCCUGUGUUGCCUCUGCUGCGCCACAGGAACUGGCCGUUGGGUUGGCGGUUUCCUUGGCGGCGAGUCGGGGCCGAGGCCUAGACGAUGGUGCCUUGUGGCGUUCUGCGAGCUAUCACAGCUCAGUUGCUGCUGGCCCGGGUAUUAAUACAAAUAAUCCUACCCGAAUAUCAUCCAAGCCACCUUGAUGUAUGCACCGCUCUCGUAU